GUUGUGUUGUGUCGGGCUGGAACUGCUCCAAAAAAGGGGUCACCGUGCUGGGAAGGAGGUUACUAUAAAAACUUAAAAGCUGACACCUUAAAAAGCAUGAUUUUUCAUGCAAUAUUUACUGAAAGUGUUUUUAUUGCUUUUUUUAAAAAAAGUGGAAAAAAGAUAAAGCAAGUCUUUACCAUCAGGUUCUGAAAUUGUUUUGUAAAAAAAAAAAAACCCUCCCACAAAUACCCACCAUAAAAGACAGGUUUUUAAAUUAUCAAACUACUUUGCAAUUGUUUUAUAUUUAUAUAGCCUUCGAGGAUACAUUGUUUUAUAUUUUGUUUGUAAGUUGUUUUUGGUGAUGUUUUAAAGCCACCUGGUGUAGGAUUUGGUAAUGGAAAAGUGGGAGGGAAAUAUAGUUAAUGAAUGAUUUAUCCCGGCGUCCCCUAUGAGGAUUGGCUGUGUUCCUGAGGCGAUGAAGUAGUUGAGUCUUUGUCACAUAACCUGUUUGUAGCCUACACAGAUAUGAUUGUAACAGAUUUCUCUGUCCUGUUAUGAAAAAAAAAUUGCCGUGGAAGGCCAUUCACAUCGUAUUUGGAGUAUCUGUUGGCAGGACUGAAACAGCUGCCCUUUGACCCCGGGAACAACAAACUCCCACCAUUCAACAGCAGACUUGAACCUACAGAAAAUGGAGGGGAGGCAAGCCAGAAACGAAAGAGGAUAAAUAUGCCUUCGGACAAUAUCCAGACUCUGAGCCUUGAAUCUCCUCCCAUGGAUUUGGGCAUGUCUGAUCCUACAGCAUGGGCCACUGCUAUGAAUAACUUGGGGAUGGCGCCAAUGGGGAUAGCAGGAGACCCUCUUUUGCCUGACUUUGAUCCUUCACUUGGAAUAAUGACAGGGAUGCCCCCGAUCAAUCCCCUGAUGCCUGGCUUGGGAAUGGUGCUGCCUCCAAUCCCUCCCGAUAUGCCUGUGGUUAAGGAGAUAAUCCAUUGCAAAAGUUGCACACUUUUCCCCCCUAAUCCAAAUCUCCUUCCUCCCACUACAAGGGAAAGACCUCCAGGGUGCAAGACAGUGUUUGUUGGAGGACUGCCAGAAAAUAGCACAGAAGAGACCAUUGUGGAGAUUUUUGAACAGUGUGGAGAGAUCAAAGCCCUUCGGAAGAGUAAAAAACAUUUUUGCCACAUCCGUUUUGCUGAGGAGUACAUGGUCGACAAGGCUAUUUAUCUGUCUGGUUAUCGUAUCAGGCUGGGCUCCAGUACUGACAAAAAGGACACCGGCCGGCUCCAUGUGGAUUUCGCUCAGGCGCGGGACGAUCGGUAUGAGUGGGAGUGCAAGCAACGGCUGCUGGCCCGAGAAGAGCGCCAUCGUAGGAGGAUGGCGGAAGAUCAGUUCCACCCUCCCUCUCCACCCCCUGUCGUCCACUAUUCAGAUCACGAAUGCAUCAUUGUUGCUGAAAAACUAAAAGAUGAUUCCAAGUUUAUGGAAGCCGUGCAGACAUUGCUGACCUGGAUAGAGCGAGGGGAAGUGAACCGACGGAGCGCCAACAGCUUCUACUCCAUGAUCCAGUCCGUCAAUAGCCAUAUCCGCCGACUUACGAAUGAAAAAGCUGCUCAUGAAAAGGAGAUGGAGGAAGCAAAGGAGAAAUUCAAACUUGCACUGUCAGGGAUUCUUGCUCAGUUCGAGCAGAUAGUUGCGGUGUACCAUUCUGCUUCCAAACAAAAGGCCUGGGACCAUUUCACGAAAGCGCAGCGUAAGAACAUCAGCGUGUGGUGCAAGCAAGCGGAGGAAAUUCGUAACAUACACAAUGACGAGCUGAUGGGCAUUCGACGAGAGGAGGAAAUGGAAAUGUCCGACGAAGACAUAGAGCCACCAGAGACCAAAGAAACAGAAGAGUCGGCACUAGUAUUACAGACAGAAGCUCUGAAAGAGGAAAACGAGAGCUUACGGUGUCAGCUAGACGCCUACAGGAAUGAGGUGGAGCUUUUAAAGCAGGAGCAGGGCAAAAUGGGCCAAGAUGAAGACGUAAGGAAGGACCAGCAAUUGGUGAUCCUCCAGCAGGCUUUGCAAGGCAUGCAGCAGAAUCUCCAAAAACUACAAGAUGAAUAUGAAAGAAGAGAGGCUGAGCUAGAAAAGAUAAAGGAGGAAAAAGCCCAGCUAAACAAAUUGCUGGAAAGCCUAAAAGAAAAGCAAGAGGCAACAGCUGCUCCAGAGUGGAGGAAAGACUCUGCUGAUCAACAAGACCAUACUAACACUUUGUCGCCGAUGUGCUCAGUGAGCCAGGAGAAGGACAGCGUGCUUGAAAGAGGAUUUAGCACCAACCCCAUCAAGUCGGAAAGGGAAGCAUUAUUAGUAGGGAUAAUCUCCACCUUUCUGCACGUCCACCCGUUUGGAGCAAGCAUUGAAUAUAUCUGUUCCUACCUCCAGCGCCUUGAUAGUAAGAUUUGCGCUAGUGAAGUGGAAGCUCUCAUGACGCGGCUCCAGCACACCUUCAAGCAGGAGCUGAGUGGAGUUGGCGCAAGCCUAGAAAAAAGGUGGAAGUUCUGUGGCUUUGAGGGGCUGAAGAUGACGACAUGACCUCGAAGCCAAGUUAGGACUUUUGGGACGCCUGCCAUUCCCCAAGAUGUGCAGGUUGCUGGGUGGGGUGGGGAAAUGACAAGCCCGCAUGUUGCACAGAUCUGGGUUCUUUGCUGCCACAGUGGCUGCUUGCUUUGCAGUCCUUGAACAGCACCAGGAAAACUUGGGGCCAAUUCUUAAGGGCUGUGCAAAUAUUCCAGUUGUCUUUUGUUUGUUUCUCUUUUGAGAUUGUUUGUCCAUAACAAACUGAGCCCAUUUGGAACGGUUCAUUCUGGGAUCAGUCCAAACACUGUUAUUUGGAUCUUUGAUACUUUUUACAAAUACUGUUGGCUUAAAAAAACACACACAAAAACAAAACAACAAAACACAUUUUCAUAGCUUGUUUGUACAUGCCAUUCUGUAGUCUCUGUUUGUCCUCAGAAAGAUUUGACUUUUUGAGAACAGUGCUAAAAUAGGAUAUUGAACAACCGGAUGACACUUUUUUAAAACUCCAAGCAUCACUUGAUAAUAAAAGAGACAUGUUUACAAGUAGAAA